GCCGCGGUUCUUCCUGCGCAUACCCGCGAAAAGUGCCCCCUGCUGACUAUGAUUGAGGAGUCACGUGAGACAGCGAACGGCGUUAGUCCGUCGUUCGAUGAUAAUUUUUCCAAACCGGCUUCACUGGGAGAAACCACCGGACUUCCAUUAUUUUGCGACAUAUGCGAGAAACAGUUCAAUGAUCCGGUUAUCCUUAGCUGCUUGCAUGUUUUCGACCGGGCUUGCCUGAAAGCGUUCGAAAAGCAGGAGGGCAUGAAUGUAUACGUCAAGUGCCCGCGCUGUGGUAGUAUUUCGGGUGGCUUGGAUACCCUGGAGACAUACAAUCUUUCUAUUGCUGACCCGGCUGUAUGCAGUGGGAAGGAGGACUCUCGAGAGACGUCUGUUCAGUGUUCUGUUUGCACUGAAGGGAACGAGGCCGUUUAUAGGUGCCUGCAUUGCGCGGGGACGCUAUGUGAACGCUGUAGAGAUAUUCACAAGGUGAUUAAGCUAUUUUCGCACCACGAAGUUUUAGCUUUGACGGAAAAAGAUGCUGAAGAUCUCCAACGGAAUAUGCAGAAUUCCAAACCGGUGCCUUGUGCUGUGCAUCGUGACUGCAUCUAUAUGUCUUUCUGCAUGCAGUGCCACGUCCCUCUGUGCGAGGCUUGUUACGGAUCGGACCAUAAAGGACAUAUAACGUCCAGCCUGGAUUUGGUCCCAGAUCACAUUGAUUCUCUGGUUUCGUCUGUAAUGGACACUUGCACAGCUAAGCAGAGGGUGCUCAAAGAGCGGAGUGAUGUACUGCAUAACGUUCUCGUGGAUCUUAGUGCAUCUCGCGACAAGAAUAGCAACAGGAUCACGGAUACGUACAACCAAUGGAAACUUGCUCUGGAUAGAAUUAAGGAGCAAUGUUUGCAACGUAACCGGGAGCUCCACGAUGACAUCGAAGUCAAGCUUUGGGGAAGAAUAAACGAUAUUGCGAAGGUGGUAGACCAUGUUGAUUUCGCAUGCGAGUUCUCGAAGUCAUACCUGAAAAGAUGCUCGAGUAUUGAAAUGUGUAAGCUAACGAAGAAUGUGUUGGCAUGCUUUGACCGUUUGGAGAAAUUCCAUCUAGCGAAUGACGAACCAUUUGGUAUUGAAUUCACAUCAAGAUGUGCUCCCCAAGACUUCAUUAGGCAACACUUCGGCGGUUUUGACACUCCUGCAUCCAAUUCCUCAUCGGUCUCCACAGCAAAUGAUCCCUUGUUUGAUUCUUUGGUGCGCUCGAACUCUCAUAUUGGUAGUAUUGUUGGGACUGGUGAUGUUUCAGAUGAUCUGAAGCGACUCAGCUUGAAAAUGGAUAGCGGACUUGGCAAUGGGCACAGCAUUUCUAUGGAUGGUCCCGCAAGGCCACUGGUUUCGAUCAGUCCCACUGAAAGUCAAGUUUCUAAUCGAGGAGCAACGAAUCUAACCGGUCUUCAACUCGGUGCACCCCUGGGCAACGGGGACUUAGAUCCUUUUAUCUCACAUCCAGGAGAUUCUACUGUUAUGAACAGACCGGUGACCAACUGGGGAGAGCUGACUGUUGGACUUAGUAAUCUGGAACAGCCAGAGUACCUUCCAGGCGUUCAGAACGUCGACGCUUCUUAUUUGCAUCCCCAAUUUUUAUCUUCUGGACUCAAUCAAUCUGUCCCGCGUCCUGUUGGUAACUGCACGGCCCUGUCGUCCCUUGACUCCGACCCUGGAAUGUUGCUUAAACAGAGGCUACCGGUGAACUACAACGCCAAUCUGUAUGAGUACUGUCGGAUGCGUGCUGCACGGUGCUCCCAGAUGAAUCUUUUGACAAAAUGGGGUUCACUUGGCUACGAGUUGGGCCGUUUGAACUCCCCUCACGGGUUCUGUCUGGGCUUUGAAGAGGAAAUUGUUGUGGCAGACACUUACAAUCACCGUAUACAAAUUUUCACCAAACGUGGGGACUUCGUGUCAUUUUUUGGGGUAUCCGGCCGUGUCGACGGCUUGUUGUGGUAUCCCAGGAAAGUGGCAAUCAUUAGACAGAGUCAGCGUUAUGUGGUUUGCGAUCGUGGCAAUGAAAGAUCACGGAUGCAACUUUUCAGUCGAAGUGGUCACUUCGUUCGAAGGAUCCCGAUACGCUACAUUGAUAUUGUUGCCGGUCUGGCAAUCAACCAACACGGUCAUAUUGUUGCCAUUGACAGCGUAUCUCCCUCUGUGUUUGUUGUGUCGGAAGAGGGCGAUUUAAUACGAUGGUUUGAUUGCAGCAGUCAUAUGCGUGAACCUUCUGACGUCGCAAUACACGGACGAGAGUACUACAUAUGCGACUUCAAGGCCCACUGUGUGAUCGUGUUCCAAGAGGAUGGAACGUUCAUCCGAAAAAUUGGUGGUGAAACUAUUACAAACUUUCCUAAUGGAAUCGAUGUCAGCGACCACGGGGAUGUGCUUGUUGGCGAUUCCCAUGGCAACCGCUUCCAUAUCGCUGUUUUCAGUAGAACGGGAGAGCUUCUCAGUGAGUUUGUUUGCAACCAAACCAAAGUGAGCCGAUCGUGUUGUCUAAAGAUAACGACGGAAGGGUACGUGGUCACCCUUGCUCGUAGUUCCAACAAUGUGCUCGUCCUUGACACUCUCUACAUAUGUUAAGCUCCCACGUUCUCACGGAUGCCGGUUCUUUGCCUGCCAAGGCUAAGGUGCCCUUCCCUUUACGCCACGUUCUUCCAUUUACCUGGUAGCAUUGCUUGUGUGUUUUACUUUAACAUUUUGUCUUGGUAUUUGAUUUUAUUGUCUAUUUGUACUUGAGAUUAUUGUCCAGCUUUGGACGAUUUUCGUGCUUUGUCGAACAGUCAUUUGCCCUCACGCCUGUUAGCUACAGGACGCUCGUGAUACUACUACUUUUUCGAGUUAUUUACUGUACGUUUUUCCUUCAAGUUUUCACGUUCUCUUUUUCUUAUUAGUUUUAUGGACUGCCAUAUGGCUGCAGUGUUUCCCGUGGGACUGGUAUUGCGUGAUUUUUGGGUGUUCAUUCGUCGCGAUUUCUCCACAAAACACCGAAAAAAAUAUUUCGCACAUUUUAUUGGGCUUCAUCCGAAGUUCUAGAACAUCGUUAGUUAGCAUUUUAUCUUAAUUGUUUUCACGGUAUUUUUGCAAUAUUUUUGAGAUUACGAAUUAUUGUUUUUUUGUGUUAUUACCCCUAUUGUAUGGAUUAUUUGCGUUCUUUAGUUUGCUUAGUUCGGUUUACUCGAUUGCACUGAACUUUGAUCCACUGUUUUCCUCGAACUGGUGAACCCUUUCAUGUUUUUUCGGCAAUUUCUCGUUACACGUGUGCCUUUCAUCAAACCGUUCAUGACAGGACUAGACGGGCUAGCUCCGCUAUUACUUAUCCGUUCAUUGAGAAAACGUUCAAUUGCUCAACGUCAUCUUGGCAUUAUUGCCGGUCGUAUGAUCUUCGGUUAUUGGUCGCAUUUGCACGGCACCUAAAACUUGAAACGCGCUUUCUCCUGUAGACUCCGUUUGAGAUCCACUGUUCAUUCCAUUUAUUCACACAUUGUGUGCAUUCAAAAUUUGUCUGUUUUCAAACAACCAUCUUCGCUUACAAACAUCAACCUGUUCUUGCCCGUCAGUGGCUUGGAAAUACGUAAAUGGACGCAGUCCAAAGAUAUCUAAUGUCAUGUGAGCAAUAUGAUUCCAUUUUCAGCUUUUCUAUGAAACCCCAAACGUGCCACUUUGACUGUCAUUUUGCCCAUAGAACAUUGUCUGAUGGUCUAUUUUAAAAUUUACCUUCAAGCUUGUAUUCCUUGCAUAUUGGUUUAUUAAAUUUUUG